AUGUUUAUCCUCACUCAGAACCUUGUGGACCUUGCUGGAAGUGAGCAUGCCUCCCAAACAAAUGCAGAUGGUGCAAGAUUGAAGGAAGGCAGUCACAUUAACCGUAGCUUGUUGACACUCACAACCAUUAUCAGGAAGCUAAGCAUGAAAAGCUCUAAUUUACGCAAACAGACACAAAUUCGUGAAAUUACAUGGUACUCAUCUGUGAGCAUGAAAGUCCAUGCUCAGCAGUGUGGUGGAAAAAGAAGUGGUCACAUACCAUAUCGGGAUUCAAAACUUACUCGACUACUGCAGUCUUCACUUGGGGGAAAUGCUCAGACAGCGAUUAUAUGCACCAUUAGCCCAGCCUUGAGUCAUGUAGAGCAAACAAGGAACACACUCUCGUUUGCAACUAGUGCCAAGGAAGUCACUAAUAGUGUGAAAAUAAACAUGAAGGAAGUAGCCAGACUUGAAGCGGAGUUACAAAGUCCAGAGCCUUCUUAUUUGAGGUCUAUACUGGAAGAAAAGGACUUGAAAAUCCAACAGAAACUUCAUUUUAAAGAUGGAAAGGGAAAGUGCAGAAGGUACUAUUGGGGUCGGACCAAUGUGGACCUUCUGGUCAAGUCGCUAUGUGUCUUUCUUUUCCUGGAGAGAAUGAAACAGUUCCUACUCAUAGUAGGGAGAUCAGUUGCUUCUACAGAUCCAUCCAUGCUUGUGAAUGAAAUACGAAAGCUUGAGCAAAGACAGAAACAGCUUGGUGAUGAGGCAAAUCGAGCACUUGAAGUACUGCUUGAGGAGGUAGCUUUGCAUCAGCUGGGAAAUAAAGAAACCGCUGAAACUACAGCAAGGCUUCUGUCUGAAAUAAAGGAAAUACAAGCCGUUAGAUCCAUUUCAGAAGAAUCUGUGACUGCUGAAAGGGCCAACUUGAAAGAUGAGAUCAGUCGAUGGCAAACUCAGGCAGAAGAUAUUAAAUCUUUAGAAAGGAAGCUUGAGAAUGUUCAGAAAUCAAUAGACCAGCAUCCAAUUCGUUCCCCUUGCUCACCUCUGAACCCUUCUCGUAGAGUGAUGGAUUAUGAGACUGAGAACAAGGCGCCGGAGAACAACAUGCAACUCCUAGUGAUGACACAGUGGCUGGGAGUGGGCUUAAUUCCCUGCAUGCAUCCCUUUCUUUUUCCAGAUUCCGACAAAGGAAAACAGACGAAUUCGAGCCAGGUCACCCUCAUGUCAGCCACACAUCACACAGCCCUCAGGCUCUCGGGUGAUGGAUUCCCGCCUGGCCUGUCCACCGGGGCUCCCCUGAGCCCCAUUGCCUGCAUGGGCUGGAGCCAAUUGCUAGGGCAAUUGGGUGAUUGGAAUCGCCGGUCCAUCGGGCUAAAGAGCACGCUGGACUUGCUCUUAAUUGUAUUUAAAUGUAUAUGUGAAGGAGUUUUCUCACUUCAGAUCAUUGUGAACCCCGACUCGUGA